AAAACCUUCCCUUUUCUUCGCCUCCCCUCGGACAAGAAAACAAAAGUCAAAUAUCGAGCAUCUAAAAUCUUCUCCGUCUGAUCCUCGUCGUAUGCAUUCCAGCAUCCCUUCGGCGUCUCAAAACUGAUCGACCGCCAUGUCAUCUGAAGACCCGUCUAUCGUAUCUCGUCUCUGACCGCCAAGAUGGCGGGCGUCGCAGGCGUUGCUGGGCUCUCAUGGAGUUCGAACCUUUCUCUCCUCCCGCUGUCGAAGCCCUCGCGCUCGGCGCGCCGCGUCCCGUCCGUGGUCGUGAGGAAUGCCAUCUCCGUAGAGACGAAGAGCUAUACGCUCCAGAAAUCCGAGGAAAUCUUCAACGCCGCCAAGGAAUUGAUGCCUGGAGGUGUAAAUUCACCGGUACGUGCCUUCAAAUCAGUUGGUGGAGUGCCCAUAGUUUUUGAUUCUGUCAAGGGCUGUCGCAUGUGGGAUGUUGAUGGUAAUGAAUACAUUGAUUACGUUGGCUCAUGGGGCCCUGCUAUUAUUGGUCAUGCAGAUGACAAGGUGAAUGCUGCCCUUAUUGAAACACUGAAGAAAGGCACAAGCUUUGGUGCUCCCUGUGUGUUAGAAAAUGAGCUGGCAAAUAUGGUGAUCUCAGCUGUGCCAAGCAUUGAGAUGGUCCGCUUUGUUAACUCUGGCACUGAAGCUUGCAUGGGUGCACUCCGCCUUGCCCGUGCAUUCACUGGCCGGCAAAAAAUCAUCAAAUUUGAAGGCUGCUACCAUGGCCAUGCUGACUCUUUCCUUGUAAAGGCAGGCAGUGGGGUUGCUACACUUGGCCUCCCUGACUCACCUGGUGUCCCGAAAGGUGCCACCUAUGAGACUCUAACCUCCCCGUAUAAUGACAUUGAAACCAUAAAGAACCUCUUCAACACCCACAAAGGUGAGAUUGCUGCUGUCAUCCUUGAACCAGUUGUUGGAAAUGCUGGCUUUAUUGCUCCAAAACUUGAAUUCCUAAAUGCCCUCCGUGAGAUCACAAAAAAAGAAGGUGCUCUCCUUAUCUUUGACGAGGUGAUGACUGGGUUCCGUCUGGCUUAUGGUGGGGCUCAAGAGUAUUUUGGCAUAACUCCUGAUUUGACUACGCUGGGGAAAAUAAUUGGUGGCGGCCUUCCUGUCGGUGCUUAUGGUGGCAGAAGGGAUAUCAUGGAGAUGGUGGCUCCGGCUGGGCCAAUGUACCAAGCCGGGACCUUGAGUGGAAAUCCUUUGGCAAUGACUGCAGGAAUUCACACUCUCAGGCGGUUGAUGGAGCCCAGAUGUUACGAGUACCUGGAUAAGGUAACCGGUGACCUUGUUCAUGGGAUUUUGGAUGCUGGGAAGAGGGCUGGACAUGAGAUGUCAGGUGGAUAUAUCCGUGGAAUGUUUGGGUUCUUCUUCACAGCAAGACCAGUCCACAAUUUCGAGGAUGCAAAAAAGAGUGAUACUGCAAAAUUUGCGAGGUUUUAUAGAGGGAUGUUGGAGGAAGGUGUAUAUUUUGCACCCUCAGCGUUUGAGGCAGGGUUUACAAGUUUAGCACACAGUUCUAAAGACAUUGAGCAAACAGUCGAGGCAGCUGAGAAGGUACUCCAACAGAUUUAAAUAAUUGAAACUUGCUGCCAAGAUUUUAUGUUUGUUUCCUUCUAUUGCUUUUAUUUUCUUUUCAUCAUUUUGCUUUCUGCAGCUGAUUUUGUGUGUAAGAGUUCCAUUACGAAAUGUACUUCUUGUUUGGAGAGAACCAUUAUCUGUUAAAUUAUGGUUCUGAGCACCAUUGUAUCUGUUGCGAACUUUGUUUUGUCUCCUUGAAAUUUGACGGUGCUUGAAAUUUGAUGAUACGAAAUAUAAACUCCUCUUGGGCUUCA